ACGUGUCCGUGUGCAGCCAGUUUCUUCCUCCGGUGUGAGGGCCGGACCAAGCUGCAGCGUGUGAGCGGCUGUUAGGGCCGGAGAGCGGGGGCAGGAUGGAGGUAAAAGAUGCAAAUGCUGCAAUGCUGAGUAAUUAUGAGGUCUUUAAGCUUCUAACUGAUCUUAAAGAGCAACGGAAAGAAAGUGGAAAUAAGAAGCACAGUGCUGGUCAGCAAAAUCUUAACACAAUAAUGUAUGAGACUUUAAAGUAUUUGUCCAAAACGCCAUGCAAACAUCAGACACCAGAAAUUGUAACCACGUUUCUUAGAGCUAUGCUUCCACAAAGACUGACCAAGGCAGAAAAACUCCAGCUGCUGAAUCACAGACCACUAACUGCAGUGGAGAUACAGUUGAUGGUAGAAGAGAGUGAAGAAAGAUUAACGGAAGAACAGAUAGAAGAACUUCUACAGACAAUCAACAGCAUUUUGCCAGGGGACCCUGAUGAGCAAGCUGUAACUCAGCAGGAGGAGGAGGUGGAUAUGGUUGCUGGAGAAAAAGGAAAUCAAUAGAUAGAAAGUUAACAAAAUCCAGCCAAUACACUCCAUUUCUGUUCAGGAAAUGUUUUGAUGAUUGAUCUACCUUGGCUUUGGUAUUUAAACUCGAUUGACUGUACUUGGAUUCAACACAGUAAUGGUAAUUUCAGAUACUGUACACAUGUUUUCAAUUAUAUUCCAUACUGUACAGUGUGAGACAUAAGCUAUGACUGAUGAGUGUUUAUCUUAACCCAGAACUAAUAUUUUUACUUUUCAAAUAGUGCAAAAACCACAAUACUUAAACCUCCAUAAACUAUGAAUUUGGUUUAAAACUGACUGAAUUUGGUUUAAAACUGACUAAAUUUGUACCUUGCACACUUAUAGAUAGUUUAUGAAAAAAAAAUUUCUCGACUAGCUUACAUAGGGACAUAUGUGCAGAAUUGAGAUAGAUAUGAUUGUGCAUUUUAUAAACAUAUUGAUUCUAUAUUGGAAACUGUAACAUUAAAUAAACUGAAACAAUACAUCUGGUAUGAUAACAGA